UCUCCAACACCACACCCCAACCACAACACAAAAUGGCUCCUCAACCCCCAGGUCUCAAAAAGCCCUCCGCGCGCACCCUCCGCCACCAGCGCAUAACAGGCCAAAUCCACCCCCAAGCACCCCAAAAAGUCUUCCGCGACGACGCCGCCGUAACCGACUCCUUCCUCUCCAGCAAGCGCGACAAGCGCCUCAUCAAGCACUCAUCCUUCGUCUCGCGGAUCCAAUCAGCACGUAUCUCAAAAUCUACCAAGCGUCGAAGGCCAUCGAAGAAAUUAGCAGCGAAUUUAGAGAGUUUGGCUGAUGCGCUGCCGGAGCUGGAAGAGGGCGUUGAGGUUGAGCAGGGAAAGGUUAGGCAUAAGAGUUUGAAGAGUAAGAGGGGCGCGUUGAAGAGGAAGGAGAGGGUUGUUAAGGGGGAGAUGGAGAGGUUUGGGGUUAGUAUGGCGAGGUUGACACAGCAGGAUGGUGCGGCCGCGCAGAAGGUUGAGAUGGAGUCGACGGAGGAGAGGACUGCGCCGGCGCCGACUGCGAAUCGAUGGGCGGCGUUGAGGGGGUAUAUCUCUUCGACGAUGGAGCAGAAUCCUGCUUUUGCUGAGAAGAACUAAGCAGGCUGACGUUGAAAGGAUCAAAGAUACCAAAGAUGGAGAUCAAGUCCAUAUGUGACGUUUCAAAAGAUGGCAGAUGUUAUCUUCACAAAAGUCUGUUCAGGCGUAUGGAGUUGGAAUCAUAUACUUCAAUCACAUGACAUCACGAUCAUUAAUACAAU